AUGGUCAUCGCUAAGUCCGUUGUAGUACACAUUGUAUUUAUUGUUUGUAUCAACUUUGUAGCAUUUGCUGUUCAAGAUAUAGAUCGAAUAUCUGGAAAUUUUUUUCGUAAGACCUACCGUCGUUGGAACAAUCGUCCACUGGAAUUACACUGCCCCUUCAGCAAUCCAUCGCACCAACUCUGGUACUCUUCCGAUGCCGUCUAUAAAGCCGCUUUUGGUUGUCUAGACGGUGCUGAUCUCAGCCUCUUUCUUCCUGUCUUUCCCGAUGUGGAUAAUAUUACAUUCAUCGGUCUGAACACCUCUCAUCAAGCUCUCUGCACUUUUCGACUAACCGGAGAGUUGGUUGAAGGUGAUGCUCUUCUCUUAUCAUCCAGAAGUAAUGACAAUGGCCGAUUUGAAGUGAAGAUUUUUGCUAGGCCUGGAGCAUCUCUCACCUUUAAUACAACAAUCUGCAAAACGCCGAUUUGGACGAAUGUGAGGCAGCAGCUGCGGAGUCAAUUCAACUGUGCCGUGGAGAGUGUCAAAACCUCUUUCCCAGCUAUAGAUGCCCAAAUGACAGCUACUCAAUCCCUUGUAGUGCACUACUAUCCACCCUCAAGUGUGGAAUUGGACGGUAUUGGAACCUGCGAACUGACCGCUAACGAGGGGCAUCACUUCUGUCCUCUUGGAGCUAUGGAUUGCAUUGAAUCACCCUACGGUCCUAAAUGUCGCAGUGAACUCCAAGUCUCUCUUGUUGAGGCAUCCUCUAAAAUGGGAUUCAACGGCGUUCCUAAUUCAGGUUCUCAGUAUUCCAAAGGACCUCCAGUGGACUUGAAUCUGCUCCUUCGAAAGGUGUCGACAGACAAAAAUUUGACCUAUUUGGUGCAAAAAUCGGGUCCGCUGCUUUGGCAAAAUUCUGAAAGAUGGAUCGGAACUUUGGGCAAUGUCACAAAGGAGAAUUUUCAGCGGACAUCUUCUACCUUGUUUGAAGAAAGGGACGAAGUCAGUUCGGAAAACCUUCUGCAAUCUAUUGAAGCCCUCUUGAAUAUGCAAACACAACGACAGGCGGCUGCAGAGUCAUCCUAUCCGAAAAGUGGACAAUCAUUUACCGAGGAAUCACCAGUCACAGCUUCUGCGGUUGUCCAAUCAGCUUCGGCUCUAUUAAAUGUCUUUUCAGCCCUUUCUGGUGAUCAGGAUUCUCCAGGUUUCGCCAUCAACACUGCUGAUGAAUACACCAUCCAGAGAAAUGGCCUGGAACUUCGGAGAAUUCGGCUUAACAAGAACCAGAGCGACACUCAAAAUGAAUCCAUUGUGAUGCAUUCUUUGGCCACUUCCUCUGUAGAUUCAUCAACUGCGCUGAUGAUCACAAUACCAAUGAGGAAAUUGGAGCCCUUCUUGAAGAAGUCCAAUGAUUCCGAAUUUACCAAGGUGAACACCUCUUUGGGUGAUGUGAGUUUCACCAAUCUCGACUCUGACGUCUACAUCAUCCACACCUCGGAUUUGAUAAGCCUCUUUCAACUAAAGAUGGCUUAUAAGAAGUCUGCUAAUUUUCUACGAAAUAUUGGAACUGAUAAGAAUUCCGACGUUCCCACCGCCUCGAUAACCAGACAUCACAAGUGUGAGAAUGAGGAGAAGCUUGAACGGAAGGAGGAUGUCACCUGUCGCAUUUGGGACAUGCUCAACGCGCAAGGGAACGCCUUCGAGUCCCAGACCUGCCAAACUUACUGGAUCGAUGGGAAGUACUACGAAUGUCGAUGUACCCCCUCGAGGUCGGGAACCUUUGCGGUUGGAUUGGUUUACAUAAUGAGUAGUAAGGAUCUAAAGAAUUUGAAAAACUAUGGACCAUCAAUAACGAUCGUGAACUACGUCAGUUCAGUCAUCACGGUGAUUGCGCUCUCCUUGUUCCUCUUCUUCACCCGAUUUGUGGGCGUAUUUCGCCUGGACCAGUUUCAUAUUGCCUUGUCUCUACUACUGGGCACCCUGGUCUCCCUCUUCAUUCCCCACGUGCCGGAGGACUUUGAAUUCCUCUGUGCUGUCAUCGCUGUCCUUGUCAACUACUUUCCUCUAUGUGCCUUCGCUUGGAAAGUUGCGCCCCAUACCGACUUCAACGGUAUUUUUGCCCUCCGAAUUGUCUACAUCCCUGUCACCAUCUGCGCCUACAUUGGACCUGCAUUAAUAGUCGGACUCUGGUUCGGCAUGGCUCGUCAGUUUAAAUCGGGUCUGGGGUUGUGUAUUGGACCAGACUUGCUGGGUUACCGAUGGCCCCUUCUCGCUCCCAUUACAGCUGUGGUGCUCUUCAACCUUUUGGUCCUUAUUACUGUUGGCUUCGUUGUCCUUCGUAACUACCUAGCUAUUCGAAGGAGUCGAGUCAAUAAAUCUACACACCUUCUGGUCCUUGCCCAGCUAAUGCUCACCCUUGGCAUACCCUACAUGCUCAUCUACAUUCAGAUCAUCAGUCCAGUCUUUAUGUUGCUAAUCCUACCGAUGGGAAUCGCGCUGACAGCUGUCUUCAUGUUCCUCUUGGUCGCCGUUAUCGACGACGAGAACCGACAACUUUUGCAUAUCUUCUUGACGACUAUGUGCUCCUCGGGGCAUCACGUCAAUAAGUACUCAGGCAAUGGCUCAAACGGUCGAGUAAACAUCGCGGAUACCAUAAAAUCGACAACACUUCCGUCCCCAGAUGCCUUCGUGGUAACCGAUAGUGGCCAUCAUAAUCACAUGACCACCUCGUCCAGCGCCAAUAACAGCACCAAUCACGAAUAUUUCGCCCGUUCCAGAAGCCGAUUUGCCAUGGAAGGCGAUCUAGCCACGGGCAUUCUUCGGCAGCCAAUCAGUGACGGCGGUUCGGGUGUGGGUGACGAAUUUAAAUCCGCCGCGGUCUUGGUACCCCUAGAAGUCGCUCAGUUGCCCACUCAGUACUAUUAUAAUCCACAAUCGCCUCACCAUAACGCUCCCGUAAUACGCUUCGAGUCCCUCCACGAUCUAGUUAUGGCCCCAACCUCGGAAUUCAAUGAUGUUGGACGCAUUAUCCAAACCCCGAUGCCAGAGGUGGCAUAUUCAGAGGGUAUUGGAACCCAACAUUUCUAUCCAAAAUCACGAAAGCAAUUUGUUAACAAAAUUACCACUUCGCCGAAACUUGUCAAUUCGUACCACAUGGACAGCAAGAGCGGCGGAUUUUGA